AUGAUGAUGAAACAACACAGCAGCCCCGGACUGCACAGCGAGGUGUCACCGCCACUGACGCUCAAUGAGUUAAUCGUAGGAGAGCACACUACCAAUGCAGAGCAUACGCCCCCCGAUGGCGGCUACGGCUGGGUCUGUGUAGCAGCGUGCUUUACUAUCAAUUGCUUUACAUGGGGUACCGUAUCAGUGAGUCAAGGUCGCUUAUUCGGAAGAUACUUCCUCUCCACCGUGCAUCAUGUUGACAACCUUCAGGCCUAUGGCAUCUAUCUAUCGCACUACCUAGCCGACGACAUCUUCCCCGAAGCCUCUACCUGGGAUUAUGCGUUUAUCGGCGGCUUCAACUUUGCCAUUGCCAUGCUCGUGGCACCCUUCGUGACAGUCUUCUGUCGCAAAUUCGGAACCCAUGUUGUCAUGUGCUGCGGCCUGGUCUUGCAGCUCGGCGGCUUCAUCGCUGCCUCAUUCGCAACUCGAAUUUGGCAGCUUCACCUCUCGCAGGGCGUUCUAAUCGGUUGCGGAAUUGGCUUCUUAUACAUUCCCUGCCUUCCAGUCCUGUCGCAAUGGUUUGAUCGGAAACGAAGCCUGGCCAACGGUAUUAGUGCAGCAGGAUCUGGUGUCGGCGGCGCAGCUUUCACUUGGGGCACCGAGGCCAUCAUCCAAAGAUUCAGCAUUAGUUGGGCGCUGCGCAUCACGGGCAUCAUCGCCUUCGUAGCCAAUCUCACGGCGACGGUCUUCAUACGCGACAGGAACAAGGCCAUUCGGCCAUCCCAACUAGGCUUCGAUACCAAACUUCUGCGCCGCUACGAAGUAAUAUUGCUGCUUGCGUGGGUCUUCAUUAGCAUGCUGGGUUACAUCGUCCUCCUCUUCUCACUCUCCGAUUUCGCACUAUCAAUAAGCCUCUCGCGGUCCCAAGCUACAGAUAUAAUCGGUCUCCUGAAUGUCGGAACUGCGGUCGGGCGUCCAAUCAUCGGAAUACUGAGUGAUCGAUGGAGCAGGAUAGAUACGGCAGGAGCAUUGACCUUGCUGUGCGGUGUCUCAUGCUUUGCAUUCUGGCUGCCUGCUACGUCCUACGCACUAACGGUAUUCUUUGCCAUCCUCUGCGGCGCGAUCGUUGGUGUAUUCUGGAUGGUAAGUGGAGAUCGCAACCGAGAUGAACUUCAAACAGCUCCACUGACCACUUACCCCAACCAGACCAUUGGCCCGCUUUGCGUCGAAGUCGCAGGCAUCAAGAACCUGCAGUCGUUGCUCUCCCUAUCCUGGGCAGCAGUCAUCAUCCCAGCAACAGGUAUGCGCCUCGUUCUUAAGGUCGAGAGGAGCCUUAACUAA